CCUUCCGCGCAGGCACCCCCCCCCCCGAGAGCGAGAGGGACGGAGGCAGGAGCGCGACAGCCUCUCACCCGCUCGGCGGAGCGAGCCCACCCUGCUCCCAGCGCGGCGGCGGCAUGUUCAAGAACACGUUCCAGAGCGGCUUCCUGUCCGUGCUGUACAGUAUCGGGAGCAAACCGCUGCAGAUCUGGGACAAGAAGGUGCGGAAUGGCCACAUCAAAAGAAUCACAGAUAAUGAUAUUCAGUCGCUGGUAUUAGAGAUUGAAGGGACCAACGUCAGUACCACAUAUAUCACAUGUCCAGCUGAUCCAAAGAAGACACUGGGAAUCAAACUGCCCUUUCUGGUGAUGAUCAUCAAGAAUCUGAAGAAAUACUUCACCUUUGAGGUGCAGGUGUUGGAUGAUAAAAAUGUGCGUCGACGGUUCCGUGCCAGCAACUACCAGAGCACGACCCGUGUCAAACCUUUCAUCUGCACUAUGCCUAUGCGCCUGGACGAUGGCUGGAACCAGAUCCAGUUUAACCUCUCUGACUUCACUCGGCGAGCAUAUGGCACCAACUACAUUGAAACCCUGAGAGUCCAGAUCCAUGCAAACUGUCGCAUCCGCAGAAUUUAUUUCUCUGACAGACUAUACUCUGAGGAUGAGCUUCCUGCUGAGUUCAAGCUUUACAUCCCUGUCCAGAACAAGGCCAAGCAAUGACGACACUGGAGUGCCCGGUGAGAGAUGCACUGUGAAGACAAGUAGAAGAGGUUUUUUUUAAAUUAAAUUUAAAUUAAAAACAAAAUGUAAUGUUGAUUUACAUAGGGUAUUUAAUAAAAGUUGGUAUCUGUAGUGCUGGGACAGGACACAACUAACCAUGUCAUUACUUAGGUAGGAAAUGGUACACGAUCAAGCUUGCAUUUUAAGAUCAAGCCCAGAUUGACCUUGAAUUGGGGGAUCUGAUCUUGAAUACCUGCUUUGCAGCAACCUGAGAGCAACCUUGUGUCUCCUCAGAUGUCAGUAGCUUUUCUUUUUUGCUAUUCAUAUCUUGUUUUGAUGUAUGCUCUAAAUAUGUGUGGACUGCUCCCCCCCUGGAAGCUGCUAUUAAAUAUUUGAUUUUCUUUGUAA